CAUAAUUGCAUCAGCAUAAGUCGACAACUUCAUAAUGAUGGGAAAAUUGAAUUUGUAAACCCAUGUCUAAAGCUCAUACACUAUUUAAAAUAUAUAAAAGAAAAUCCUGUUACUGUUGAUAAAAAAAAAAGUUGUAAAUACUUCAAUUACAUGCUAAUGGAUGAACUUAAAAAAAUCAGCCAUUCUUGUGUAGGAACAAAGGAAUGUUACAACACAGUGAUUAGUGUACAAUCGAGUGAAUCUAAUGGAAUUGAUAUAUGUAAGGGAAAUAUAGAAGAAUUUAAUAAAGUUAUUUUUGACAAAUUCAAUGAUCUAAAUUCAUUAUACGACAUUUUUUAUAAAUUUAUGAACACUGAAGAGAAAGGUGGUAGUACUCAAUGCGCUUUAGGUAAAACUUGUAGUGAACAAUAUUAUACUCACAUAAAAAUAUGCGAUAAAAAUAGUAAUAUAGGUUUCUGUAUGGCUUUGGAUAAAUUCAAAGAUGGAUAUAAUGCCUAUAUGAGAAAUGGACCCACGUGUGAACAUGUCCCUAGAUAUCUAUAUUCCCCCUUUGGGACAGAAAAGCGCCGUACAUUUUCUAUUUCGCUUAUUACAAUAUUUGCAAUGUCAACAAUAUUGUUCACUUUUAUUCUUGGUUACACUCUAUAUUACGGAGGAAAAGUAAUAUUGCGAAAUGAUCUAUAUGAAGUAUCCCGCGAUUUAAAAAAUAAUGAUAACUUAAAAAAAAAUAAUUCGAAAAACAGUCCAUUGAAUAUACAGUAUCAUUCUUCAGAAAAUUCAUAA